AUGCGUUUUCCUAGCGGCUCCUUAGCUGCAUACCCAUUGGAGACAUACAUGGUUGUACCCGGUGAGAGGGCGUUAGAAGUAUCAGUCUGUCCCACUGGAAGUUAUGCUGCUUUACUGUCUGGAGGGCAUCUACAUUUUUUAACGUGCAACACCGAUGUCGUAGUUAUCGGCUCCGUGUCGAUUUGUAAUGCGAUGGGCGAUAAGGACUAUGCAACUCACUUCUUAUGGCACCCUUUGGGUGAGCAGCUAGUUGUUUCAACUUACCAUGGUCGGCUGCUUUAUUUUAACGUGGCUAUUGAUGUUCACCGUGAGAGGUGCCUGACUCAGGUGUAUCGUGUCAACUCUCUUCCCAUUGGAUGCGCGGCGUCGUGUGUGCCCCUUACAAAUGAAGUGCAUUUGGAGGGUGACGCUGUGGUUUCUUUAGUUUCUGCUGGACAUCACUGCUUCUUCGCGUGUACCGCAACUGGCCUUGUUCGCGUGCUCGGGUGGUUCAAGAAGAACUUACUACAUACCUAUGAUGCUAACUUUCUUAGCGGUGGGUUACAUACAUUUUCCGGCUUGGAUGCUGCCUGUAGAGAACAUACGAGCAAGGACUUGUGUGCUGGCGGCACGCCAAUCACAUCUAUCGCCAUACUUGAUAUUUGUUAUUCCUGCCAACUAGAGUUGACGGGGUUGUUGUUGUCUAGUGGACAAUUUCUGCUUGCGAAUUCUUCUGCGGGUGAUGACUUUUCGUGCGACAACGUGGUUUUCAAUGGCGUGUGUGUUGCGUCAGCGGGCACUAGCCGCGUGUGCAUAAACCCGAGGCAUCCGUUGGCAGUACUGGCUACGCCCACGGGUGAGCUCGAAUGCAAACGAAUAAGUGACGAUCUUUCAUUGACGGUGUUUUGGAUUGAUGUGAAGUGUGUUACAAGCGAUGAAUACCGAGGUUCCAUUCGUUGUAUGGUGUGGACAGACGAUGGUGAAAUGCUGUGCGUUGGCUACAACCAGUCUGGCAUUAUGGUUCUACACUAUAGUGGCAUCUGUGUUUACUCUUCUCAUGUUGCUGAGUACCCGCGACAGCACGGUUUGCGUCCUGCGAUUGGUAUAGAGGGUUGCGCUUCCCUCUCAUGGUGUGGAAACCAGCUGCUUAUAGUGGAUCCACGUGGAUUGGCCUUGACGGUACUUGGUUUCAGCAAGGUUGUUUCAUCUCCCUGUGCUGAAGCGACGGCCAUGUUCACUCCCGCCUGCACCCUUGACGGCUCUAAAUUGCGCUUUAUAGAACAACAACAUACGGAUGGAUCGUUGGCUUUUAGUGACACGGUACUUUUGAAUCCGCGGUAUGCGGUGGAGAAUAACCCCAUAACAUACGGUGCCAUAAGCAGCGACGGCAGCGUUGUAGCCUUGGCGGGAAGGAAUGGUUUUCUACUAUUUGACCGGUUAGCGCGGCGGUGGCGAACUAUGCGCGAUAGAAAAGAAGAACGUGAGUUUACUUGCGUGGCUCAACCCGUAUGGGUGAAGGAUCUGAUGGUGGUUUUUCCCGUCCGAUUGGAAAGAACGCACGAGUAUGAACUGCGCGUAUACAACAGGGUUUUAUCCAAGGGUGCUAUGCUGGUGCGUAUGCCUCUUCAGAAUAAACCGUUGCGUCUCAGCGAGUGCCACGAUGAGGACGGUGAUGUUUUCGUGCAUUUAUUUGACGACUCAGGCACUCUCCUCGUGUGGAGGUGCGUAUUGUCAUCCACGUAUCCACAUGCAAAGCACAACCUUGAGGUUUCGCUCAAGUUGGUAAAGCGUGUACCGUUGCCCCGAAUGUUUCGUAACCCAGUUAACAUGAUGGCGAUUCAUCCAGCGAGGUUAAGCGCGUACAGGACGACAUCUUCCCCAUGUAAAUUUCGGGGUAAUCGUGACGAGGCGCUUCUGCCCUAUGUAUUGUUUGUUGUGAGUGGCUCGAAUGCCUUGAUCGCUCUCGACCUCAACGCGGUAAUGAACAGGGUGAGUGUGCGAGUGGCAUCCGAGCCACUGGUCCCACUCACAACAAUUUUUCCAUCUGGGCUGUUUCACUUAUGGGUCGACUACACGGCGCCUUUGGAUGGCGCUGUUCUUCUUGCAGUGAGUGAUCGGGGUGUGAGUAUCUUGCACCUGUCGUUAGACACCAGUGGUGGUGUUACCUCUUCGCUGUGUGUAAACGAGUACCGUGUGGGCGAUAGCACCGAUCCAAUUUUAGCUCCUGUAGGGCUCUCAGCGUACGAUGGGUGUCUUCUCACUGCGUUUGCAGAUGUGGAUGCUUCCCAGCAAACUCUUAGCUCUGUGUCUCAUUUUUCGGUGCGAACAGUUGUUGUGCCCUCUAUGUACAACUACCGUGUCCUGGGGGAAGUGAUUGCUCUUCGGUCAAAGAUAUCAAGUUCCAUUACGAAGGGACCAAUCGGAGGGGCAUCUGUUCAAUCCGUUUCUUUCCCAUGGGAUGAGCGGGUGUUGUGUUGGAUAGAAGGAAUGCGGCGCAACUCCACACUUGUCUGCAACGCAGACUAUUUGUUAUGCACUUUGAUUGACAGGGAGACAUCAAGUUUAAGUGAUUCCGAGGACCCGUGCUCUAUGCUGCGGCUCACCCUAUCACUCUUACAGCGCUACCCGGAAUACCAUCGGAUUGUUGUCAACUGUUUGCGCAAACUAGAGCUUCCUUGUUGUCCCGUUGUCGUGGACAAUAUCGGCUCUACCAAGAAGUUGUUCGUGAGCUGUCUUGAGGAGAGUCGACUUGAGGAAGCUGCGCAUCUGUUGCACCUUAUUAUGGUUGAUGAUGGAGAGGGUGGUAAGAACGGCUCGUUAGACACCCUACGGCAAACUUUGGUUUGCGCGACGCGCAUCUUAAUGCUUGCUGUGUCCUGCAAGAAGGUUCAGUUAAUUUAUACCUUGUUGCCGUUCAUGGCUUUGAUUUUCAAAGAGUUACUAGUGUCGGACGAUGAAGAGCGUCUGCGCGCGUUGUUUUCUGAUGCGAAGGGUCAAUGCGCUCUCGCCGGUUUGAGAAGGAGCACAGCGAAUUUAUCGCUGCUUCUCGAUACGGAGCAGGAUUUCACUACCCUUUCGAGCCCAUGGAGUUUUUCAUAUGACACUUCUGAGGUUGGAAUGAAAGAAAUUCGAUCUCUUACCACUUUCCUUGUGUCCGGAGACUCCGGCUUAAGUGAAGCACUCGAGUAUGUAACAACUGACUGCUUACGCUCGGGGCGCUUACUGACGCUUUACGAGAUAGUGCGCGGAUUUUCUCUUUCACCCUACGGGAUGAUGGAACUCAAGUUAGAUGAAGUGAGAGAUCCACAUUGUGGCGUUUCUUCGCAUGGAGAAGGGAGUAGUGUGAGGGGUCACUUCCCACACCUGCCUACCCAUGGUGAGUUGUUCCUCAAUCUUUUCACGGGCAUCCACGAGGAGUUCAGUUUAACACGUAGCCCACGUUGUGUGGGGAAUGAGCUACGGCGCCAUAGGUCCUCAGUUGUUGGUGCGGAGGUAGCGACCACUGAUUUUACGCUGUGGACCCUAGCUCAGAGCAUUUUAUAUUCCACCCCAGGUCUGCCAGAAACGUUGCGGCACCUCCGUGACCACUUCGCGAUGUGGGAUGAGUGUGUCUUAGCGAUAAACAUUAUUCUUAUGUGUUUUACUGAUGUCGUUCAUCAGCUGCGGCGACACUCAGAGCUAGUCCAAGCACUUCAGCAUUUGCUGGUUGAUGAGAGAAACUGCGGGUAUAAGUCCUUUAUACGGUAUUGCCUUGAAAAUGUAAGUUAG